AUGGCGGGGGGAUACUUCAACCUCCCUGUCUCGCGCCAGUCUUGUACUUCUGAUGCCAUGGGAGCAUCCACCAAAACAUCUGCAAACCUGCAGACACCCUAUUUGCCAACAUAUAGUGAUGCUAUCAGCGCUGCAGGCCCGCAGUCUUUGUCAGAAAGGUCCAAUGACGUGGGCGCUCAGGACCCGCAUCGGAAUGCCGGCAUUCUAUGCAACACCAAUCGUAUCAAGUUCACCGUGGGCGAUCCCGAGCCGAAUGAGUCCAAUGGUGGUGGAGUGGCGGUUGAAUCCCGACUGGAUGCUAGGGAGCGCUCGCAGCUUCCUCAAAGACCCGCACCCACCGCCAACAUUCCAUUUAUCCAGGAAAAGAGGACCACGGACACUCGGCGGGGACCCUCAGUGGGAGAUAAGCUACCAGGCGCGUCAGCCGAUGUCACUGGCCUGGCGAUCAACUGCAAGACUGGCUUGACAGUACUUGGUAACAAUGAGAUCAGUCGCGGGGCCACACGAGGUACGAUUGACAAGGGGCGAGCUAUAUGCUAUGCCCGCCAAAGGGCCCGGCGACUUGUAUCCUUUAUGAGUCGGCACCAAAAAUCCCCGAAGCCAAGUCUUCGAAACAAUUCGUUGUCAUCAGUUGCUUCAACUUCUCCCACUGAGCCGGUAUUUUCUUCCGAAGAGGGCCAUCAAGUAUAUUUGUUCAGCAUCUCCGAGAAACAACAACUUUUUGACAACUUCGCUGCUGCGACUAUCACGAUAACAGAUGAGGAGGAAGCGGGCGACCUAGACGGGCGAUCUACAACACGCACUGCCGAAGCCCAGUACAUCGUGGGCCAAAUGUCCCGACGAGACUUUUCCUCUUUCCUUACCGGCAUCCGACCUCCCUCGCCCGGUCCGCUCUCUGGCCAAAUUACCCCAUCCGAGGGCCGGCAUUCGGAGAGCUCUCUCGACCGGCCUAAACAUUACAGGAACGGUAUCCUAUCUUCCAUUCUGAAGCUAUACGACCAACAAGCUGGCGGGUAUAAUAAUCACAACCCCGGCAACUCCCCAUACGGGCGCGGCCGGUAUGGAAAUUCCCGGCAGAGCAGCGUCUCUGACGAAUCCAGCGGACGUGGAUAUUCCCCAGAUCCUAUCUUGAAACCACACCGGCCCAGGAAGUGGUACGAGAAAUCACCCAGCCAAUCCAACAUCUCCCUCACGGCUUCCCUUAAAAAAGCUUCGCCAAUUAACAUGCUGAGACGCUCCCGUAGCAGCGGUGCUGUUACGGGAGGGUCCGGGACACAUCGAUGGGCGAAACCGAAAUUGGAAGACGAGAUUCGAAUCACUGUCCACAUUGCAGAGCUUCUCUCCCGACAACGUUAUUCGAUCAGACUCUGUCGGGCGUUGAUGAAAUAUGGCGCGCCCACACACCGAUUGGAGGAGUAUAUGCGGAUGACUGCGCGUGUUUUGGAAAUUGACGGUCAAUUCUUGUAUAUCCCGGGGUGUAUGAUUAUCUCCUUUGACGACGCCUCUACGCAUACAACGGAGGUCAAAGUCGUCCGGUCAAACCAGGGCAUUGACCUAGGUAAAUUGGCCGACGUACACGAGAUCUACAAGGAGGUGAUACACGAUGUGAUCGGUGUGGAAGAAGCCAUCCAGCGACUCGACGAGACGAUGAAGAGGCGAAACAAGUUUCACAUACUCUUCUUGAUCUUCGCGCACGGGUGUGCGAGUGCAUCAGUCGGCCCUUUUGCCUUUAAUGCCCGACCAAUCGACAUGCCCAUCGCUUUCCUACUAGGAUGUCUCCUGGGCGUAUUGCAGCUCAUUCUCUAUCCGAAAUCAAGUCUAUACUCCAACGUCUUCGAGAUCUCGGCAGCAGUACUCACGUCCUUCCUAGCUCGCGCUUUCGGAAGCAUACAAUACCAAGGCGAGCCACUCUUCUGCUUCUCCGCUCUCGCACAGUCAGCCAUCGCCCUCAUUCUCCCCGGAUACACAGUUCUCUGCGCCAGCCUCGAGCUACAAUCCCGCAGUAUCGUUGCCGGAUCUGUCCGCAUGGUCUACGCCAUUAUUUACUCGCUCUUCCUCGGAUUCGGAAUUACCAUCGGCACCGCCGUCUACGGACUACUCGACUCCCAAGCAACGACAGCAUAUACAUGCCCAGCCAGCCCAAUCAACAACGAAUACCUCCAACGCUUCCCCUUCGUCCUCCUCUUCACUGCCUGUCUCGCCAUCGUCAACCACGCCAAGUGGAAACAAAUCCCCGUGAUGAUGGUUAUUUCUCUGGCCGGAUACGUGGUCAGCUACUUUAGCUCCAAGCGCUUCUACUCCAACACGCAAGUUCGGGUCCGUCACGGCCUCGCAGCAGCUGCAAUGCUGCCGGCGAUAUUCGUCCUUGUGCCUUCCGGUCUCGCUGCCAGUGGAUCACUUAUUUCGGGAAUCACCUCUGCAGAGGAGAUGACCCGGUCGCCCUACUCAAUUGUUGCUAAUGGCACGCAGGGUUUCGUUGAUGCCGUGAAGAACCUGUCUGCGGCUGAAGCGCAGAAUCAAAACUACGGCGUUGUCUUUGAUAUUGGGUAUGGCAUGGUCCAGGUGGCUAUUGGUACUACUGUGGGCCUAUUCCUUGCUGCUCUUGUGGUAUACCCGUUGGGUAAGAAGCGGAGUGGAUUGUUUAGUUUCUAG